CUCCUUCAUGGGCCUGGUAUUUUUACUUUUUUAUAUUUCAGCAGGGCCUUUGACCAGAUCAUUAUAAUGCCUGAGACCAGAGAGGAAUUCCUGUAAUUUCAGCUACGGGUCGGGCGUUUAAGCAAAACAGUUAAAGUACGCAAACCUUCAGACACAGGAGCAGACAUACCACCAGAAUCCUCACAAACCACAGCAAUGAUCUUACACUACUUAGUGGAAUAUCUUGAUUUGAAGAGCUGGCUUUUAGGAUUUUUUCUUUUCCUACUACUUCUUGAUGUCAUCAAGAACAAAAAUCCAUCCAAUUUUCCACCAGGACCAUGGCCCCUACCUUUUGUGGGAAACAUUUUCACUGGGCUUGACUUCAAAACAAUAGACAAGCUUGCCGAGAAGUAUGGAGACGUUUUCAGCCUGCGUUGGGGCAGUGAGAAAACUGUGUUUAUCUCUGGACAUAAAAUGGUGAAGGAGGCUCUCAUUACUCAGCUGGACAGCUUUGCAGACCGACCUGUUGUCCCUCUCUUUCACAAAAUCUAUAACGGACUUGGUGUUGCUCUCAGUAAUGGGUACCUGUGGAAAAACCAGAGGAAGUUUGUCAUCACACACCUACGCAACUUUGGUGAAGGGAGGAAGACCCUGGAGCUGAGUAUCCAGCAGGAGAGCAUAAUUCUGUGUGAUGCUUUCAAAGCAGAACAGGGUCCUUUUAAUCCCCAGUUUUUGAUCAACAACGCAGUUGCAAACAUCAUCUCUGCACUAGUUUUUGGUCAUCGCUUUGAAUACCACGAUGAGAAUUUCCUGAAUAUCUUGCGUUUGGAUACUGAAGCCGUUGUUUUGGCAGGUUCUGACCGAGCUCAGCUAUAUAAUGCCUUCCCUCGCCUCUUUGAAUACCUUCCUGGUCCGCAUCAAAAGAUGUUUGCCAACUACACAAAAAUAAUAGAGUUCUUAAAAGAAGAACUAAGAAGACACAAGGAGGACUGGGAUCCCUCAAAUCCUCGGGAUUACAUCGACAGUUACCUUCUAGAAAUGGAAAAGAAAAAGAGUGAUCCUGAAGCUGGAUUUAAUGUCAAGACGUUAUUGAUUGCAAUGCUGGACAUGCUUGAAGCAGGGACAGAAAGCGCAGCCACUACAAUACGCUGGGGUCUUCUCUUCAUGAUGAAGUAUCCUGAGAUACAGAAAAAGGUACAGGCAGAGAUAGACAACGUUAUUGGACAGUCACGCCAGGCCAGCAUGGCUGACAAACCCAACAUGCCCUACACUGAAGCUGUUAUUCAUGAGAUUCAAAGGAUGGGCAACAUUGUGCCUCUGGGCUUUCCCAAGAUGGCUUCUAAAGAUACUGUACUGGGUGGAUUCUUCAUACCAAAGGGCACAACUGUGACUACAAACCUAUCAUCUGUGCUUAAGGACAAGAACGAAUGGGAAACGCCAGACAUGUUUAACCCAGGACACUUUCUGGAUGAUCAAGGCCAGUUCCUGAAGAAGGAUGCUUUCCUUCCCUUUUCAGCAGGUAAGAGAUCAUGUCUGGGGGAGCAGCUGGCUCGUAUGGAGCUCUUCCUGUUUUUCACCUCUCUGUUGCAGUGCUUUACCUUCUCCCCUGGUCCUGGAGACGAUCUCAGCUUGGAAGGCCAGCUGGGCUUCACAUAUGCACCCAGACCUUACUGCAUAUGUGUCACCCCACGCUAAGAGCCCAUACACAAAUAUAUAUAUAUAUAUAUACGCUUUUAAGCUAUUUGUUGUAAGAAACCUUAUUUUGACCCCUAUGAUAUAUUCCAACAGCUAUGUUCUAUGUAAUUAGAAAUUACAAGCAUGAAGACUUUUAUUUUGGUUUACAGUACAGAAUAGCUAUAAUGCACAAUAUAUUGUUUGACAUGAUUCAGUUUUAACCACACUAUAAUUCUCCCUUUACUGUGAGGGGAAAUAUUUCUUCAAACACCUUUGCUUUUGGUAUAUAAUUCAAUUCUAUUAUAUUUGCAUAGCGCUUUUAACAACGGAUAUUGUCACAAAGCAGCUUUACAGAAAUAUCUUUACAGACUCAAAAGGGAACCCAUAUUCAUCUGGGUGACACUGGAGAGUGUGAUUAUAAAUCAUUUCUCUUCUAUAACUGUGUACUACAUAGUCAAAAAAUUUAUAACCAGGAAACUUAAGUGCAGACUGCUCAUAUCAGUUGCAGUUCAAAGCCACCUUCAUGGUUUUUAAGUGUUACCAUGCUUAGUAAUCUUAUUCAUCUUUGGGCUGUCCAUGUGAGACCAUCCUUAGCAGCAGCGUAAGUGAUGAGAACUCCACCAAGAAGUAGGGCAUCAGGAUAGAUCAGGCAGGUCUUUAGAGCAGAAGGGGUCAGGAUCACUGGUAUCUCAGGAGUAGCAUGUGUAGCUCGACAGACACACACAUUGAGAGAAAGAGAGAGACAGAGAGAGAGAGAAAGAGAGAGAGAUCAUUAAGUCUACACACUACUUUCACACACUACAGACAAUUUAGGAAUGCCACUCAGCCUACAACGCAUGUUGAACUGGAGUACGAAACUGGAGUACCUGUCGGAAACCCCUGCAGCAUAAGGAGAACAUGCAGACUCUGCACACACAGGGUGGAGGAACCCCAACCCUGGAGGUGCAAGGCAAACAUGCUAAUCACUAAGCCACCAUGCCGCCCAAUAUAAAACCAUUACAAACAAUAUGUUACAUAUAGUUUUCUUUACCAUAACUGUCUAAGAUAUUCAUUAAAAUAAACACAUUCAAAGUA